UUCCAGCUCUCAUCACCUCCAUUUCCCUCUCUGCAUUCUGCUCUCAGCUUUCAGACCCACCAGAAUUAUGGCUUCCCUUGCUGCCUCCACGGCGGCCGCCUCCCUCAGCAAGUCGGAGAUGCUCGGCAACCCUCUCAAAUUCAGCAAUGCCCCGCGGUCUGCCCCGGCCCCCUCCACCCCUGCCACCUUCAAGACUCUUGCCCUCUUCAAGAAGAAGGCUCCUCCAGCCAAGGCCAAGCCUUCUGCUGUUUCCCCGGUAGACGACGAGCUCGCCAAGUGGUAUGGGCCUGACAGAAGAAUCUUCUUGCCUGAUGGGCUCUUGGACAGAUCAGAAAUCCCCGAGUACUUGACCGGUGAAGUUCCCGGAGAUUAUGGUUAUGACCCCUUUGGCCUCAGCAAGAAACCAGAAGACUUUGCCAAAUAUCAAGCAUACGAGCUUAUCCACGCCCGGUGGGCGAUGCUUGGCGCCGCUGGCUUCAUCAUCCCAGAAGCCUUCAACAAAUUUGGAGCUAACUGUGGCCCUGAAGCUGUUUGGUUCAAGACUGGGGCUUUGCUCCUUGAUGGAAACACAUUGAAUUACUUUGGCAAGAACAUCCCCAUUAACCUAGUUGUUGCUGUUGUCGCUGAGGUUGUCCUUCUCGGUGGCGCUGAAUACUACAGAAUCAUCAACGGCCUGAACCUCGAGGACAAGCUCCACCCGGGGGGACCUUUCGACCCUCUAGGCCUGGCGAACGACCCAGACCAGGCGGCGAUCUUGAAGGUGAAGGAGAUCAAGAAUGGGAGACUGGCCAUGUUCUCCAUGCUGGGAUUCUUCAUCCAAGCUUAUGUGACAGGGCAGGGCCCAGUUGAGAACCUUGCAGCUCACUUGAGUGACCCUUUUGGCAACAAUUUGCUCACUGUCAUUGCUGGAUCUGCUGAGAGGACUCCUACCCUGUAAUUUUUAGUCCUUUUUUCUUUUCUGAUGCUUACAUUUGUACAAUUUCAAGCUACAUUUCGAGGCAGCUCAGAAUCGACUCUGUGUUUUAAGAUCGAAUUUCAGCUUGGUCUAUAGUAAUGAUGAUCUUGAUUGUUGGUUAA